AUGAACCACAACCAGUGUGACAUAAGCACAUUUGUAUUUUGGGAAUAUCAUCCUGCUGCUGGGCGGUUAAUGGAUGCCCACCUGGUUGAGGCAGGAAGCCAGGUGACAUAUGUUGUCAUCCUCAUCGUCACCGUCAUUAUCAAAUCGUACAUGUGCUUUAACUCAAACUUGCCUCAAAUAACUCUUGGAUUAUUUAAGGCAGCUUCAGUUUCCAAAGUUUCUGCGCACACUUUGCGCUUUCUGUCUGACACGGCACCAUCUCCUGUGAAGAAAUCCGUGGAACCCAAGAAGGUGGCCUGUCCUGGGUGGACGUGUUGGGAAUGUGACCGCCUGUUCGCGCAGAGAGAUGUGCACAUAUCCCACGCGAGGAAGGAGCACGGGAAGCAAAUGAAGAAGCAUCCCUGCCACCAGAGUGACAAGUCUCUCAGCUGGUGCCACAGCCUGUGCCGGUGCAACCGGAUCGAGCACAAAGGCAUCCAGGACCCCAACGCGAAGGAGAUGACAGAUGCCACCCACGAGGAGGAGGUGGAGCUCAGGGAAGACACCAAGGCUCCCAGCCCCAAGAGGAAGCUGGAAGAACCGGUCCUGGAGUCCAGGCCCCCUCGAGGGACGAUCACGCAGCCGCUGAAGAAGCUGGAGAUCGACGUUUUCAAGGUCCACAAGGGCACCGUGCAUGGCUUCACCUCCGAGGACCUGUUGCAGUUCCACGAACACAUCCCUCAGCCCCGGUCGGACGGCUCCUCCUCCCAGUGCCGGGAGUGCGGCCUCGGCUACACGUCCCACGUCUCCCUGUCCAGGUCCCUCUGCAUCGUGCACAAGCUGAAGGAGCCGCAGCCCGUGUCCAGGCGGAACGGGGCCGGGGAAGACGGCCAGCAGGAGGACAAGCCCAGCCACGAGGACGAGGACUUGUCCAGAAACACAAGUACUCCAGAUGGUUCUCUGAUUAUCUAUGGCUACUGUCAAAGAGAUGAGGAUUUUGUUGAGUGUGGGCCCCAGGAAGAGACGACGGACGUCCAGAUCACACCCGAGGGCUUUAUGUUCACUAAGAAUCAUUCGGCUUUGCACACUGGCAACUUGCAAAAAGUUCGUUGGAAAGGGACGAUCGAGUUGGGUCUGGGUCUUCUGAUUGAUCGUGUACCCUUGACGACAGCACAUGUUCCUAACAGAAGCUUUGGAAAUGUUUUGGAAGCAGAAAGCCCAAGUCCUGAUUUUAAAGGCUAUCUAGUUCCAGAAAUAAGACUUAGCAUUCAAAGUACUGGGAAAAG